CUUCUCACCUCGCCCCUUUUGCUUCUCCCCUCGCGAUCCGGUCGACCGCCCCCUCGCCCUCCAUGGCCGAAGGCGCCGCGGCGGAGGCCAAGGGCGAAAUCGAGAAGAAUACGGCGGCGGGCGGCGGCUACCCGUCCCUCGUCCUCAAGAUCUGGCCUCCGACGCAGCGGACGCGGGAGGCGGUGCUCCACCGCCUCGUGGAGACGCUCACCUCCCAAUCUGUCCUCUCCAAGCGCUACGGCUCCCUCCCCGGAGACGAGGCCGCCGCCGUUGCCGGCACAAUCGAGGAGGAGGCCUUUUCCGCCGCCUCCGCGGCGUCAGUCGGCGGCGGAGCCGACGAUGACGGGAUCGAGGUCCUCCACGUGUACUCCCAGGAGAUCAGCCGGCGAAUGGUCGAGUCUGCCAAGGCGAGGGCCGCGGCCUCCGCUGCCGCCCCCAACAGCUAAACCACCUCUGUGAGGAAACCCCGAACUCUGAUCUGAAUCAAUGCUUGCGAGUCGGUACUCGGGGCAUAUUGUGUGUUUGAUUGGUGUGCUUGUUGUUUCACAAGGAUUGGGCUCUUCUUCCGGGUUGGAUUGGUUGAAUUGGCAUCUAUCUAUGAUCCAUUGUGUUUGAUUGAUACUUGGAUUUGUCGUCGUUUACCAUGCAUGUGAAGGGUGAAGUAAAUGUAAUAUGCUAUGAAUCAAUUAUGUUGCAAUAUAUUGAGAUUGUUCAUCAGAA